AUGUGGAAGGAGGAAUCGUUGGAUUUAGUACUAGUGCCGGCGGGUCUCGUCGUGAUGGUGGCCUACCAUGUGUGGCUAGGCUACGCCAUAACCCACCGUCCGAAGCUCACUGUUAUCUCCCUCAAUGCUGAAGCUCGACGACUAUGGGUCUUCUCUAUGAUGGACGAGCCGUUGAAAAAUGGAGUAUUGGCAGUACAGACAAUCAGAAACAACAUAAUGGCAUCAACCCUUUUAGCCACAACAGCAAUCACUCUCUGUUCCAUCAUCGGCGUCUUUGUAAGCAACUCAUCCGCUUCUGAAUCCACAGCAUCACCUAUUAUCUACGGCAACAAAAGCCCUCUCCUUGCAUCCAUCAAGAACUUCGCAAUCCUCAUUUGUUUCCUCAUGGCCUUUCUCUUUAACGUCCAGUCAAUAAGGUACUACGCUCACGUUAGUUUCCUGGUGACAGUGCCUGUCUCGAUAGGGAAGAAAGAGCACUGCGAGUACGUGGCUAGGAACCUUAACCGAGCUCUCUACUUCUGGUUUCUUGGGUUGAGAGCUUUCUACUUCUCCUUCCCUCUCUUCUUAUGGAACUUUGGUCCUAUUCCUAUGUUUGUGUGCUGUUGCAUGAUGUCUUCGAUUUUGUAUUUCUUGGACACGACCACUUCUUUUACUAGGCGUCUACAUAGCCAGUCGUUUAGAGAAACUGCUGAGUCGAUGGAUGGUGAAAUCGUGUCAGCGGUUCAUGCUCUGUAGAUUCUUCUCUGAUUCUUUUGUUGUGUUUUGGUUGUUCGUUGAGGUUCAAGAGUUAUAUAUUUGCGGAAUGUUUUUGAGAUGGAUGGAAUUACUUUGGCUGCGAUUGAGAUUGUUUUGUUUGUUUUGCGUUUUCAUGUAACAAUGAUGAUUAGAAGAUUACCAUGUGAAAACGCAAACGCUUGUGUAGUCUAUGUAAUUUUCGUGGCACUGGAACUUAUU